UUGUAGCUUGAUGUUUGUUAUUAUUAUCAAUAUUAUCAUUUGCUUUUAAAGAAAGCAGUAUCACUCUAUCUUCACCAGCAUUUACCUAAAAACAUUGUCUUGCAAAUAUUCAUACAUACUUCAUUUGGCUGCUUCUGGUGAAAUUUCGGAUAUUGAUUUUGUUUUGGUUGGAUUGCAAGUUUCGUUAAACUAGCAUUGUAAAGGGAGUUUCCUACAUGAAUAUGGCUAUGCUGAACACGUUCCUUAUUUUCGCUGUUUUUUAUAUAAUUGUUACACUGGCUAAAUCUAGAGAGACAAGUUGUCCAUGGUCAGACCAGGUUGAAAAAGUUGAUUCAUGUCCACAAACAGCUGUUGAAUGGAAAGAAGCAGCCGCUAGGAAAAGCUGUAAAAAUAUAUUGCAAAACUGCUCCUCACUGGAAUACCACUGCGUUAUUAAUGCAUGGAAGAACGAAACGAUUGAAGUAUGCGCACCCAAAGUCCUUAUCGUCGGAAAGGUGUGUGCCGAAUUCAAUUUUGGAGGAAACAGAAUACAGCGGAAUCAUAAUGCAACAUGUAAAAAAUGCCCCAAAGCAUAUCACUCCAGUAAUGCUUUUAUGUACAAAGAAUGUUAUGAAUACGUUGAGAGGUCAAAAGGAUUUGAUACAUCACACAGUAACACAGAAUCACCAUAUGUAAACACACAUGCUUACAAUAAAUUAUCUGAUCAAGAUGAUGAACUAUUGCCAAUGGAGGGUCAGUUUAAUCACACGAAGAAUGAAUCUUCAGUUGCAGGAUUUGAAUCAAGGACCGUGAUUGGAUUAAGCGUGACGGUAACUGUAACUGUGGUAACUGUAUUGAUUAUCUCCUCUGUAUUGCUUCUCAUUCGUCGACGGCGAAUAAGACAUCACGAAGUAUACAUGCAUGUUCAACAGUGAAACGUCACUUACAAGAGGACUAUAGAUCAGAGGACCACCUUUUGACGACAGAUGACUAAGAUGUUUAACAUGGAAUAUGCAUUGAAAUAUUGUUUUAAAAAAAGUUUACAAGCAAAUGAUCUCAUAUUUUCAUAUGAAUUAAAAUGAUCUCAUAUUUUUAUCUGAAUUAAAAUGCUCAUCAGAAGCGUCAAAUCACAUUUACUCAAUGAAUGCAGCUUUGUACAUGUAAGUUAAAUAUUCAGUUAUAUUUUAUAUGUGUUUUUAUUAUGUAAUUUUGAUGUGGUAGCAUAAAAUAUGGUUAUUUGUUCAAUAAUCGACAACGUGUAUUACUUAGAUUAGAUAUUCUCUAUUUUGUUCUUUUAUCAGCAUUUACAUUCAUAAAUAAUAAUAUAAAUAAUGUAGUUUAUAUUCUUGUUCAAAUAAAGACAAAGACAAAAAAGUCUGAAUUUGUCAGCUAUUAAAGUUAUACAUUGCUGAAACAGUUUUAUGUAAUAUAAAUAAAUGGGCUCUUCUUUGGUCCAAUGAAGUUUUAUUUUGAAAUAAUAACAUAAAAGUUAUACAUGUAUGUAUGAAUUAUUCUGUUUUAAGUUUUAUUUUGUUUUAAAUUUGCUAGCUGUCACAACUUUUGUUAGAUACAAAUGCACAUUACAUACACAACUGUUUUGAAAUGUAUCAUCGUUAACCUUUAGAGAUUUUUCAAUGUUUAAGAUAAAACAGUAUAAUAAAGUAGCAUAGUGUAUUUUGCGUUUGAUCAUGAUUGCCGAUUGUUAUCACUUAAAUGAAAGCUUGUUUUAAAGUGGUUUGCUGAAAUAGUCUUGCAUUUCUAAUGUUUAAAUCUCUUUUCAAUGGAAAAAAAAAGUUUAUAAAAUGUGCACAGAAGAAGACAACUGAGAUUAAAAUGAUUUUUAACUUUCACAGUGUUGAAUGAUGUAACUUUAAAAUGUGUAUGUUUACAUUUAGAUAUUAAAAAAUAUAAACA